CUGAACAUCAAACUGAAAAUGAAGCAUUUGUCACUCCUUCUGGUAGUCCUGGUGGCGUUGUCGGCCAUGCUGCCGAACGCCGACGCCGCUCCGUUUAAGAAGUUCAAGAAAUUCGGGAAAUUCGGGGGCGGCGGCGGCUUCGGCGGCGGCUUCGUCCGACCCGUGGUGAUCCCCACCCCGGUGUUCGUCCAGCCCACCUACGGCUCUGGCUACGGCCUUGGCGGAGGAUUUGGUCACGGCGGUUUCGGAGGAGGCUUUGGAGGCGGUCAUGGCGGCUUCGGAGGAGGCUUUGGAGGCGGUCAUGGCGGCUUCGGAGGAGGAUUUGGAGGCGGUCAUGGCGGCAUUGGAGGCGGUUACGGCCGGUGAGGCCAGAAGAGACAGAGCUUCUGCUGGAGGAAUUGCCGCGGUCUCGGCGGAGAUUUCCUCUGACUUCAGUGUGCACGAAUCACUAGUUAACUUCAUAUGUCACUGUUCUCAUAUCUUCCUAAUAGAAAACUCAACUGUUUUUUAAAUAAAACUGUGAUAAUAAGCCAUUCUUAAAUGCAUCCUCAGAAGGACGUAAAGUAGUAACUAGUAGUUAGGCUGGCACCACACUGGUAUAUAAAACUUUACUUACUUUCCUUUAAUACUGUGAUAACUUCAUCAUAAAUGUGGUACUGACACCACGAUAACAGUGUUACUUAUGUUGAAGUUCACAGGGAUGAUAAAGGUGAAAUUGCAGUCUACAUGAAUAUGUAACAUUGGUUGUGAUAAGGUUUUCUUGUAAGAUUUCCGGAACCCCAAACACUUUGAUACACUCUGAUAUAUGUUUGCUUUAUACGUGUACAUUAUUAGAAACUGUUCAAACAUCUUUUCCGUUUGUAUCAAAGUGUAUGUCUUCAACUUGAUACGGUUUGUUACACUCCGGCCAGCCAAUCAGAGCGCGAUAUUUUUCAGAUAUAUUUCACAUAGUCUCAGAUAGGGAUUUAUAUCUUCAUUAAUUACGAAUCACAUCUUAAGUUUUUUGACAAAGCUGUUUAUU